UGGACGACCUCGACGAUGGCCACCAAAGUCAGCGUCAAAGGAACCGUUCACGGCGCUCAAACUCAAGACGGUCCCGGAGAGAGCUUCGCAUCAGAGCCAUUCCCCGAUUUCACCCUCAUCUCGUUCCAUCCUUCGAUCGAGAAAACCAGCUCCAACCCAACCACCGCUCUCUGUACCACCUGCAGCACUGUCUUCGUCACCGCCCUCAACAUCCCUCCCAUCAACAUCACCACGACCUUCAGUACCACGAGCCCCACCGCCAUCCUCACCACCCUCAGCAUCACCUCUCCCACCAUACAUCUCCUCAACAUAGCCUCCGCUACUACUCAACUCCACCCCGCGUACGUAGACACCCCCGACGACCAAUCCACCGACAGGAUGCAGCGCAACGACGUCAUCAUCAUCAUCCUAGUGUGCGUCUUCGUCGGCGCGCUCGCGGCCAUCUGGUUCUGGCUCAGCGUGAUCCGCAACAACGUGCAGGCGUAUCUGGACCGGUGCGCGGCGGACGAGGAUAGUAUGAAUGGCGGCAGCGGAGGAAAGGGAGGGAUUAGGGAUGUUUGAGGCAGUUGAUGGGGAACUGUUGAGGCGGGACUGGGCGGGCGAUUGGGGUCCUGCUAUUGAAAAUGGACGGACGACUGGGUGAUGUGGGAGCUUUGGCGGCGAGGCUCAAUGAGGGAAACGAGUUGUGGGAUGUUUGGGAGCGGUGUGAAUGAUUGAUGGGCAAAGGAAUGAGCUUCCCGGGUUACUCACGAAGCACGACGCCACUCAUUGUUCAUGGAAUUGAUCGACUUAGGGUUGUUGAUUGAUACGGUGUAGACUA